AUGGAAAUCAAUCUCAAAGAGAUAAAGUCAAUUCAUCAAAUUUUAUAUUAUCAUAACCAAAAUCAGAAUCAGAAUCAGAAUCAAAACAACGAGAAUACAAGUGAAGCAGCUGCUGCUUCUAAGGAAGAUAAUAUAGAGGUGUUUGACUUUAACAUAAGUACGAUCAUUGAGUCGAUCAGGUUAUGCAAGAAUGUAAAUGAAUUCCUCGAUAUAUACAAGGAUACAGAUCUGUUAAGAGACAACUACCAACACUCUUUGCUCUGCCAAAUGCAAUACCUGACAUCCAACAUCAACAUUAAAGACGAUCAACAACUUUCAAUUGCAACACCACCUCUUCCAAUUCAUAAAAUAGUAUUUAACGAUAAGAUUCUUAAGGAAAUCAAAAUAUUGUUCCACCAGUUAUAUCAGUUAAUUAAUGAUAUACCACCUACUAUAACAACAACAUUUGUAUCUACAAACAACAAUAAUAUUAAUAACAUUAACAAUAACAAUAAUAAUAAUAAUCAAGUUAACAAUAAUAAUAAUAGAGAUAAAUGUAAGAUUUUAACAUUUGGUGGAAAUGGGUGUUAUGGCUAUGAUAUUAUCACAGGGAAAUGGAGUAAAUAUGACAUAGACAAAGAGAAGAGAACUUAUGCCCAAUGUAGUGUUGUGGCAACAAAAGAUUAUGCAUAUAUAUUUGGUGGAAAGAAGAGAUUAAAUACAUAUUCUCGUUUUAAUUUAAAUUCUUUAAAGUGGGAUUUUACCUGGACUAUAACAACAAAUAUCAAUCCAAUCAAUAAUAAUAAUAAUAAUAAUAAUAAUAAUAAUAAUAAUAAUAAUAAUAAUAAUAAUAAUAAUAAUAAUAAUGUUAGUGAAGGUGGAUUUGGUAUUUCAGUUUGUUAUGACGGUGGCAAAUAUAUAUAUUUAAUAGGGGGACAGUUCAAUGGCGAUAAUUUGACUCGUGUCGACAGGUUCAAUCUGGAGACACUGGAGUUUAGAAGAUUGGGUAGCUUGUUGCAACCGAGAUACUACUCCUACAGUUUCGUAAAGGAUGGAUCUAUUUAUGUAGUUGGUGGAUACAAUGAUUUCAAGAGUUGCCAAUCGAUUAUGCAAUUCAAAUUGGACGAUGGUGAUUGCUCCUAUCUGCUGGACGAUCUUCCAUUCCAAGGCUGGAUAAUAUCAGAGUGCUUCGAUGGCGAAGAUCUUAUCUAUGUUUAUGAUUCGGAGGGAUCGUUCUAUUCGGUGUCACUCUCUACUCAUGCCAUGAUUGCAUUAGCUCAGCCAAAAGUCUCCAAGAAGUUCCACUACCGCCACUCAAUGACCUAUCAUCAUCAUAAAGAUGCAAACAACAAUUCCAUCUACCUCUUUGGAGGAAGUAGACAUGGAAAUCAUCAAUACAAUAUCCAAGCGAAUGAAUGGAUAAAGUUACACGAUAAAGAUGACGUCGAUAGAAGAUACCACGGUUCAUGUGAAGUUUAUACAUCUCGCUAA